AUGGCCUUCAUAGAUGCGCAGCGCUGCUUUUAUAGCCAUGGCACAGUUUAUCUGGACCUAUUAGACAUAUGCUGGCUGCGGCAGCUUGGUAAGACUUCCUCCGUGGGCUGGGAGGAGGCAGCGACGGCGUGCCUUCGAAGUGUGUGCGAUGCACAUGUCCGGUGUCGCCUCCUUGCAACGCGUGCAUCACUCCAACCUCUUCGGAAACUGGAUGCAGAGUGCCUUACGGCGGUAAUUCACCGCAUGGUGCUGCAGGUGACAGGACUAGAGCAGGAAGCGGACAGUGAAGAAAGGGAGCCCUUUUCCUUGGUGUGGUGCAAUGGAACGAUCUUGGAUCAGUGUGGUGACUGUGGCGAGCAGGUUUUCUAUGACCUCGCCUUCGCAAACGAACUUGCAGCUCACAUUGUCAUCCAGCUGGGUGGCUGCGUUUGGACAGAUGCGGCCGGCAAUGAAGAGAAGGUUGAGGUCUUCCGAUAUCCUCCAAGCGGUUGGGAGUUGGGAUGGUUCUCCGCUCACAACACUCCGUGCUAUUGGAAGCGCUCCACAGCAGAGGUGUCUCCGAAAUUCCCAGGCGAGAUCAGACUUAUGGGCUCUGAGAGGAGCUUUGUCUUCCUUCCCGGAGGUCGUGGCUGGCAGCCAAGCGGAACAGCACGGGAUCCUGGCAUCGUGGCAGAUCACCUCAAUCAACGGCCAGCCCUUUGA